CGUAACCGCGAACAGACGUGUUCCUAUUUUGUGCAAGAAGUUACUCACUUCUCCCGCAGCGCGAAUCGAGUGUUGGUGAGAUAAACGAAUUUGGAGCUUAACCGUCGAACUAAGACGUCUUUAUCUAUACAAGGUGCCGUGCGAUUGCCGUUAUCAGUGAAUGGUAUUUGUUUGAAUUCGCGAUAAGUGAUUUGACAAUGAAAUUCUUGUGAAGUUCUGCUGUCGAUUUGUGUGACUAGAGAGAGGUGUGAUUUACGAAAAAGUUACUUGAUUAAAAUCACUGGCUUCACACACAUCGCCUUCUCAACUUGCAAAGUGACUCAUAACCUGCCGGACAGCUGCACGUUCUACGCUCUCGUCAUUCUAAAUAGUUCACCAAGCGAACAAAUAGACAGCUUGAUUGAUGUGUAAUUAAACGUUUCCCACCUUGCGUCCGUAGACCCGGCAUAACGAUGAAUUCUUAGCUUCGCCAUCGCAUCGAACUCGUCGUCGUCAUCGAGUCGACACUUUGUAGGUAGAUGAAAUCAUAAACAGGUGCUAAAAAGUGAAAUCCAUAAACAAACACCCUACAACGGCUACCGUUAGUCGUCAUACGUAAAAUAAAAACAAUAACAACAACAAAGAAAAGUGAUGAAGCCUCCGGCAGUGUCUGUGAUAUUAGCGUUACUAUCGCUCCAAUUAGUGAUAACCGCGGACGGAUUCAAUCUGUCUCCACAGCCCAACUAUGUGUUCAAGGAACCGCAGUUGCAGCAUUACACGGAAAAAGUGCGUUCAUCGCUGUUUGGACUCGCGCUCACCCUGAGGCCUGGCGGUGUCAUCGUCGGCGCACCAAGGGCACAAUCGGAUCUCGCAGCGCAGCGCAAAAUCAACGAAACCGGUGCACUCUACAAAUGUCUUUACGGCAGCGGCGAAUGUUCGCCAUUCUACGUCGAUCGGAAUGGUAACACCAACAACGAAAAUGAACCGUUUGCCUACAGUUCCGAGAAGAAGGACUACCAGAUGCUGGGUGCCAGUAUGGAUGGGCACGGAUCGGACGGUGACCGAUUCGUGGUUUGUGCGCCGAAGAUUGUGACCGAACUGCAGGAUUACUACCUGUUGCAUGGGAUCUGCUAUGUCAGCGAUGGCACCGAAUCCAGUCAGCCCAAGUCGGUGCGGCCAAUCUUUCCACUGCGCUUGAAAGACAAACAGCUGUUCAAAUACGAUGGACUUACCCACUACAACUACAUGUACGGUGAGCAGGGCCUGAGUGUUCACGUGACCGACGACAACGAGGAGAUUCUCAUCGGAGCACCAGGUGUGUUUAAUUGGCGCGGCACGGUCAUUCGCUAUCGGCGCUACAUCGCAGAAAACAUCACCAUCAGCCGACGAUCGGAUGACCUUCGGCGGAGGGAACGGGACCGGCCGCGGCGUCAAAUUGUCAACUACGUCACCGAUGUACCCAAUCCGUUCUUCACCAGACUGGAAGACGAUUCGUACUUUGGCUAUGCCGUCAGUUCUGGCUUCUUCCAGGAGCCUACGAAAUUGUUGUAUGUGGCAAGCGCACCCCAGAUGACGCUGCAAACGGGUGAAGUGUAUAUUUUCGACAUCAUCAAUGCGGAAGCGUUCCGUGAAACGCAGAUCAAAAUUUUGUACACUUUUCCCGGUCGACAGCAGGGCGAGUACUUCGGCUAUGCACUGCUGACGGAGGAUUUCAACGGAGAUGGACUGCCGGAUUUGGCCAUCGCGGCGCCAAUGUAUAGUGAGAAUUCGGAAUUUGACAAUGGCGCGGUGUAUAUUUUCCUGAACGAGGGAAAACUUAGCUUUAACCUUCAGACGGUGCUUUCGACGAGUUAUGAGCUGAGCGGACGUUUCGGUACCACUAUGGGCAAAAUCGGAGAUGUCAACAUGGAUGGAUACAAUGACAUAGCCAUUGGAGCUCCCUUCGAAGAAAAUGGCGCUGUUUACAUCUACCUCGGAUCACCCAGUGGAUUGCGCACAAAGCCCUCCCAAAAGCUUGUACCCCCAGAGAACGGCCUAAUGGAUCCGACGACGCAGCCCAUGUUUGGUCACGCAAUUUCCCGGGGUGUCGACAUCGAUGCCAAUGGCUAUCACGAUAUUGCCAUCGGUUCACCAAACGCGGAAACGGUUUACGUAUACCGGACCUACCCGGUGGUUCGAGUGAUCAGCAGUGUCAGCUCUUCGAAACGGGAACUGUCACCGGAGGACACGGCUUUCCAGUUGACCGUAUGCUGGAGCUACGAAUCAGCGACCAACAUUCAGCUUGAUGUGGCUUUUCGCUACUCCUUGAAGGUGGACGUUCAGAACGGGCGAGCUCAGCUCAGUGACGGGAACAAUUUCCUGAACGGAACGGGAAAGAUCAAUUUUGACGAUUUUUGUCAGGAGUUCGAUGUGCGGGUUAAGCCUUCCUUUGCCGACAUCUACAAGCCCAUUUACGUAGAUUUCAGCUAUAGUGUGGUCAGUGACAUUCCAACGAAUAGCGUUUUCUGCGAAAGAUGCGUGAUAAUGGAUCCGAGUGCGGGUAACAGUAUCCAAGAGAAGAUCUCAUACAAAACUGGAUGCGCUGGAGAUACCUGUAUCGCUGAAAUGAAACUUGGAGCUUUCUGGCAGGAUUUGAACUCACCAUAUAUCAUCGGAAGCACACGAACCGCAUCGCUUCAAUAUGAAGUAGUCAACUCCGGUGAAAACGCAUUUCUGCCACAGCUUAACGUGACUCUACCCUCGCUGUUGUCUCUAGCUAAACAGCCUCCCCAGUGUAAACUAACGAACCUCAAUGAUGGUUUGAAUGUACUCUGCGAUCUCAACAAUGGUCUACCGCUGAAAACGGGAGCAACAGCAAAGAUGGUCCUGGUAUUUGAUAUGACAAAACUAGAGGGAAAAACUUUCUCAAUUAAUGCGGAAGUAUUCAGUACCAGUGAAGAAACGAACAAGGAGGACAACUCACUGGAAGUUACGGUGAACCUACAGGAGUUCAGCGAAAUCGAAGUGGUUGGAAAGGCUUCCGUUACGGAAGUUAACUUGGAAAAACAAGGCGGCAAGCUGAAUGUCACUUAUCAAAUACAAGUAGUAAACAAUGGACCAAGUAGUUUGCGAGAUUUAACUUUUUCUCUGAAGGUACCUUUGGUAUAUCACAAACCAAGUUCCGUGGAUGUCUUGAAGAUUAUUAACUUCAAUGAUAUACAAAUCAGUGGAUAUUACAACUACAAACACCUGGACUUCACGUGGACUCAAAACAAUGUCAUACUGCUGCCAAACGUGAAGGAAUUUUCAACGCCGCCUCCUGAGGUUGAUAAUUACUACAAAGCUGGAUUGGACUUCGGUUUUCUCUCCGGUCAAUCCCAAUCAGACUCGACUGGAGAUAAUUACAAUCCAUCAACUCGCCGUCGCAGACGAUCGAUAGAAACUUCAUUCAACGAUCUGCACUUCAAUCGCUACACGAACCAACUGACUGAACACUCACGCGUGCGCCGAAGCUUGUCCACUGUCAAUUCCGCAAUACUCGCAGGACUGCCCGCCAACAGGACACUCGCUUUCUCCUGUGACCCGGAAAUGAUGAUCGAAUGUGCCGAGGUUAGUGUGCAAAUCGCCAACUUCAAACCGGGAAACAUUCCGAUCGUCAUCAACCUGCUCUUCGAACUGGAUUUAGACCAAGUUGAACUAAGUUUCCAAGAACGGGAGGAUAUUUUUGCGUUGCAGAUACUGUCGGAGUUACAGAAGCUGGAAGAUGAGGAGGGCGUUGGAUUCAGUGUUGCGAAAAAUAAUCCCUUUACGGUGGUUUACCGGUACGCGAUUGCCAGUACACCGAUUUGGGUGUACAUUGUUUCCGCCAUUGGAGGAUUGCUCUUGUUAGUGCUGAUCUCGUAUGGCCUUUACAAGGCCGGAUUCUUCAAGCGGGCGACGAAGGAGGAAAUCGAAAAACUGCAUCGAGAGAGUGUUCGAAUGAAUCAGCCAGAAACGGAUGAGGACCAUUGAUUGACCCGACCCUCAGUAUAGUCGCUGACAGACUACAUCGCAAACAUUACCAAAAAUUAUUCACCCCAAUGGAGCAGUGACUUUAAUUAUUUAUGUACCAAUUUCCAUAGGUACUUACAAGACUUUAUUAUAAGCCUAAGCCAUAUUGUUAUUCCGAUUGCAUUUUUAGUUCAUAGGCUGUAAUAGUUUUUAAGAGUAUACUAGAAGUGAAUUUGUUUAUAUUUAUUGAUGAUCGUUAGAUAAUGAAAUUUUUUUGGAAGACAAGCGAGUAGAUGAUUUCUUUCAAACUAUUGAUUAAAUUUUGUCAACAUGAAUCGGGCAAUAAA